CAGGCUGGCACCUUUUCCGGAAGUCGUGUGUCAUGUAGAGCCCCGCCGUGCGCGUAUAUAACCAAGGGCCCGGUAGGACGCCGGGCAAUAACAGUUCCCCUACCACUUCAAGCUUUCUCUUCCAGUGUGCAUCAUGAAACUCAUCUUCAGCUCGCUUUUCGUGCUCCUAGUAUCGGCUGCGAACGCCCUGGUACUCGACGCGCCCCCGGCUUCCGGCUGGAAAGCGAAGGAGACCGUCACCGAAGGCUGGCAGUCGAGUGCCGCGGAUCCUCCGUCGUUCACCUUGAUGCUCUACACGGGCACGGCGGGGGAGACCUUCUUCCUCGGUAACCAUCAGACUGCCGACGACACGGCGACCUUCACUCUUCCUGGAGUCUCCCCUGGCUCUUACCAUCUCGGCGCGGUUAACACGACAAACCUUAACCAGGUCUGGGCUGUUACCGGGCAGUUCAACAUUACGGCUGCGUGAUGUGCGCGACACCAGCUGGCUAGCUGCAGUGUUGAGAGAGGUGUAACGGACGCGUCGCCGGUGUAAAGUGUCUCCUCGGAGACAUGUGGCGCGGUACUUUUGUGCUUUCUCGAUAAUUGGCAUCAUUAUUGGUGCUUCGUGCUAUGAUGCUUGCUUCGACAUCGGUCUAUGGCUCCUACCCGUGCUUCUGAGCAUAAGAAAUGC